CCGCAUGGCGGUAUGACGUUAGGAAAAGUGUAACGGCAGCAGUUUUACAAAUAUUAUAACUGAUGCUUGAUCAGAUACCUGACGAGAUCUCUGUGACGCAGUUCCGGUUGAUAAUCGAUCCGUUUUUGAUGACGAAGAAACAAAAUGGAGUCUGUGAAGAAACGGCUGACUGAGUUUUCACUGGAGGCUCACGAUCUGUAUCUAAACCAAUCAGUGCCUUACCUGGAGGAGCCACCUGACCCGCUGCAGUUUUACCGUGACUGGAUUGGUCCAAACAAGCCCUGCAUCAUCCGCAACGCCAUCAGCCAUUGGCCGGCCCUGUCCAGGUGGACCCCAGAGUACCUGAGGGAGAAGGUGGGGUCAAAGGUCAUCAGUGUGGCGGUGACUCCUAACGGCUACGCCGACGCCGUCAGCGGCGAUCGCUUUGUGAUGCCGGAGGAGAGAAGGAUGAGUUUCUCCUCUGUGCUCGACGUCAUCGAGGGGAAGGUCCAGGUCUCUGGGGUCCUCUAUGUUCAGAAGCAGUGCUCGAACCUCCUGGACGAGCUCCCGGAGCUCACGGACGACGUGGAGCCUCACGUUUCCUGGAUGAGCGCCGCGCUCGGAAAGUUACCAGAUGCUGUCAAUUUUUGGCUCGGAGAGGCGAGCGCCGUCACUUCAAUGCACAAAGAUCACUAUGAGAAUCUAUUUUGUGUGAUUUCUGGAGAGAAAAACUUCAUCCUGCUGCCGCCCACAGACCGGCCCUUCAUCCCCUACGGUGAGUAUCAGCCGGCCGUUUACUGCCAACGUGACGACGGUGAGUUUGAGGUCAUCGACCAGAGUGACUCUGAGAAGGUCCCGUGGAUCCCUCUGGACCCUCUGGACCCUGACCUGGACCGGUACCCGCAGUACCAGAGAGCUCGGCCACUGCACUGUAGCGUGAAGGCCGGAGAGAUGCUGUACUUGCCGUCACUGUGGUUCCACCAUGUCCGGCAGUCCCACGGCUGCAUCGCAGGUACAAACACUGCACCUGAAUGCACCACGGGCAUAAAACUCUGGAGCUUCACGACUAAAAACUGUUCUCCGGUUCUGUUUUCUAAAUCUGCAUCGUUGAGCCUCAUUUCACCUCCAACAGUGAGACAGAAAGGUAGAAACGUGAGUCUGCUCCGUCUCAUUAGACCUCAGAGAAGAAGACAGCGUGCAGUUUCACUGUCGUCCUCCAACACAUCAGCUGUGUUCUGUAACCACUACAAACCAUCAUCAGCUGGUUUCUGUUUUGGAGGCGGCAGCCAUGUUUGUCGUCAUGAAGUAAAUUCAUCAACAGCGACUGACGUUCUCUAUCGUGAACAGUAUGAGAAGAGACUCCUCUGUUCAGUGUCAGAAACCUGCUUUCAGGUGGUCGCAGUGCAUUUAGCACCCGUUUCUUCUCUCUGCUGCAGUGAACUUCUGGUACGACAUGGAGUACGACAUCAAAUACAACUACUUCCAGCUGCUGGAGACGCUGUCUGCAGUCACAGGGUCAACGUGACAUCACAGCAGCUGCAUGACAUCAUCGUGACUCAGCUGGUUUAGUGUUUGUAAGUAAAUAAAGUGAAAAAAAAAAAUAGA